AAAUAAAAUAAAUUAAAAAAAAAAAAGAAAAAAGGCACCUGAAUGCCCUGGGAAGGAGCAGCAAAACCUGCUGACCAAUUCCCCUUCCUCUCCUACGCACCCUGAUGUAAAUCUUCCCCAGCUGAGGGUCUCCUGUUGCCCUCGGUCACGCUGCGUGCCCCUGGGUGCAGGGUGACCCACAGGCACAGCCUUACCCACACCAGGAAGCGAGUGCCACGUCCUCGUCCUGCUCGCCUCUGCUGCCGGCCACCUGUCCCCGCUGGCGUGACAGGGGGCUGAGGGCAGGGACAUGGGCAUCCUCCCCGUUUCGGAGCAAAAUGUGUUCUUUGAGGGGCCCCUCUCCGGCCCCUGGUACAGCAAGCACAAGACUCAGCUCUUGGGAGUUCUACUUGCUGCUGCUUCAAAUUUUUUGAUCAGUGUCUCUUUGAGUAUACAGAAAUGUGCUCAUCUCCGACUAGCUUGCCAAACAGAGCCGAAGCCCUACUACACGAGCAAGCUGUGGUGGUGUGGAAUUAUCCUCCUGGGGCUUGGAGAGGUGGGCAAUUUCACAGCCUACGGAUUUGCCCCCAUUGCCCUUGUCGCUCCACUAGGAUGUGUAUCUGUCAUAGGUACCGCAGUUAUUUCUGUCUUAUUCCUAAAGCAGACCGUGAGGGCUGCUGAUAUAUUGGGAGGAACGCUGGCAGUAGCAGGGACGUACUUGUUGGUGACAUUCGCUCCAAAUGUACCCCAAGAGCUCACAGCAAGACGAGUACAGAAUAACUUAGUAAGCUGGCCUUUCUUGGUAUAUGUGAUUUUAGAAAUUAUAACAUUCUGCAUUCUCCUCUAUUUUUACAAAAGAAAGGCUGUGAAGCACAUCAUGAUUUUGUUAAUGAUGGUAGCACUACUGGCAUCGCUCACUGUCAUCGCUGUAAAGGCUGUGGCCAGCAUGAUAACGCUGUCUGUGAAGGGGAAAAUGCAGCUCACUUAUCCCGUUUUUUAUAUCAUGCUGAUUUUAAUGGCAACUUCUUGUGUUUUCCAAGUCAAGUUCUUGAACCAAGCAAUGCAUCUGUAUGAAGCAACAGCAGUCGUGCCCAUUAAUUUCAUGCUCUUCACCACGAGCGCCAUCGUUUCAGGGGUCAUAUUUUAUCAGGAAUUCCAAAGUGCAGCUUUGCUGAGCGUGUUCAUGUUUCUGUUCGGGUGUCUCCUAUCUUUCCUUGGUGUAUUUGUAAUUGCAAGAAAUAAAAAAGAGGAGCAUUUACAAGUUCCUUAUAUUGACUGUGGACGUAUUCCUGGACAAAAAUUGACAGGCAAAAUACAACCAGAUUCUUAUAGUUCAUGCUAUGGCACUUUGAAUAAUGAAGAUGACUCGGUGAAAACUCAGAGCUGAAAGAAGAAAGCACCUUACCUUCCACUUAAUGAGAGGAACAGCACUGGAACAAGAAUUAGCAGCACCUUUUCAUUGGACAUAUUCGAGUCGACGUUGAAUUCAAUUCCUGCAUGUUGAUGAGUCAUAGCAUUAUUUAAUCCUACUUAAUUUAUCCCCUGGCUGUCCCAAAUGUGGUUUGAAGAUAAAGCAAGCCUUAAGAAAAACUAAAUAACCGUUAAUGAAUCUGAAUAUUCUCAUAGUAUAAAUGCCUCUUGGUGAUGACUGGGGAUAUUUUUAGAGUUUUAAUUGCCUAGAAAUGCAAAUAGGUGCAUAAAAGGGUUUUAAAAUUUGCUUUUGAAAACCCCCAGAUGUGCACAGAUGCUUAAAGACAAAGAUGGGAAAUGAGGAGGAUUUUCAUAAGAGACUUCAAAGUGUUCUGCUGUAUGUCUACUACCUUUAAAAAUCUGAUCCUUCCUGUCCGUGAGUCCAAAAUGUAGGCAUAUAUGCAGUAUGCCUAAACAUGUAUAUACAUUUUUAUUAUGUGCGGAGGGAAAAUCAUGAUUAUCUUCUGCCAUCAGACAUUCUCUUACCUUCAAAGGCAAUAAACACUUGUGUGAGAAGAGGGAAGGACAAGAACAUUUGUCACAAACAUGAGCACAAGCACACAUGCACGCAUUUGUGAGGCGCCCAGCCAAAACAGAGCUGGGGAACCUCGUGUGACAUUUUACAUCCCCCCUAUGCCUUGUGCACUGGGCUGUACUAUAUAUUAAUACACCCUAGUCCAAGGUUUAGCCACUGUUUUCAGGAAAAGGGGGUUUUAAUGAAGGAAGUGCAAAGUUCUGUAGAGGAAAUGGGGGAUCCAGGCUCCCUCUGUUGAUUCAUCUUGAAAAUUAUUCCUAAAAUAGCAAAGUAGGGCAAAUCCCACCUCCUUGCUAAACCAAUGGUUAUCCUGCAUGAGGAAAGGCUGUAAAAAACAGGGUCACAAGAGUCCCAGCACAUUUUUUCCUUCAUUAAAUGGUAAUUUCUCUCUACACUCAUUUGGAAAGCUGGCAGCGAUAGGGACCAUAGCAGAAGUGGUUGAGUCUGGGAGGUCACAACAUCCUUCAGCCCCAGCCUCCUGGAAAAAAAGCUGCUUCUGAGCAUUAGUUGUGGGUCCAUUCACCCCUGCCUGCUGACACUGAUGUACCUCAGCCAGCACAUCAAUGCUCAGACACCUCCACUGCAGAAACAAAGUGCUCUUGAUAAGCAUUUGGUACUAAACCUUCAAGUCUUGGACAAGAUAAUUCCUUUGUGUUUGGAUUGAUCUGCUGUAAUGGAUAAGGGCCACAGGCUGUGUGCAUUUUGUUUCAGUGGGAUAUGAUGAAACGGGCUCUCUCUUUGUUUUGUUUUGUUUUUGUUUAGUGUAGUUUAUUAUUAUUUCAUUUUUAAAUGGUAUUUUAAAUGGUUCAGUCAAGGAACCACAGGACAGUUUGACUUCAAGCAAAGUGCACACAGAGAUGUAUUUUCUCCUGUGCAGUGAUGUCCUGGCAGCCAGGGCUUGGGGGACUUGUGAAGUGUUUUUUCAGCAUGGAUCUUUUCCAGCUGGCACAGUACAAGACUCAGGGUCUGCACCUUGCUUGUACCAGCUGCCUGCCCGUGGCCUUCCUUUACCCUCUUACAGUUUGAGUUCAAGUUUCUAAAGCUUAAAAUGCAAAACACACCUGAUUAUGUAUGCUUUCUCCAGGGAAUAAGGGCCUGUCUGUAUGCCCUCUAUGCCACUUGCCUCUUGCAAGUCAAAUUUAAGCCACUUUCUAAUUCUCAAGUGAGACCAUGUGCUAAAGGUGGAAAUUGGAUGCCUGUAGUUUUUCAUUCCAUGACCUGGGAAAUAAAAGUGGGGUGGUGGGAGAAAGGAUUUGGUUUUGUUUCUUUUUUAAAUUGUUGGCCUUGGGCUUCUUUCUGAAAUCCGUCUCCAUGAUUUAGGAGAGCUGAAAGAAAUUAUAAGGUCUAUCAGGUGUAGGAAUUUCUUUUCAAAGCAGGAAAUGGAAUGCAAAAAUCUAUGGCAAAAGUUAUUAUUUAUUUCAAGCUACCCUAUUUCUUCUCAAGCAACACUUCCUUUCAUCCUAUAGGUUUAUACAAAAAUUGAAGGGUUAAAAUGUUUUCUGUGAACUUGAAUGUAAUUAAAAAUAAUUUAUAGAGCAAAACACUGGCAGGAAUUAUGUGCAAUUAAAACUUGUGAUUUGACAGAAUUUUUGAGAUGUGAGCAUGUUCCAACAAAUUAACAUAUCACAGGGUCAGAGGAACGUGGUGAUGAGAAUUUAUUACUGCUCUCCAAAGAAAGGGACAUGAUUUGUUUCAAGAAUCAGUUUCUAAUCAAUGCCAUUUUCAGAUUUUGCUUGUGACACUUUGGUGAUAAGCAGCACAGACAAAUGCUUAUUAAAAAAAAAAAAAAUGUUUCACUGGAACAGAGAAAAGUCCUUGGAAGCCUUCUCU